AAUCUAAAAUGCCUGUUGUAUCUGUGCGUAUUAAAGCUAAAAGUGUAAAAGUAAACUGGAUUGGUGUUCCUAUGCCAAAAAAUGUUACAGUAAGACAGUUUUAUGAAGAACUUAUUGUGGGAAAUAUUGUUUCUGAAGUGCAAUUAAAUAAUGAAGACCGUUUGGAACCAGUUAAAGCAGAGUUUUCAUCUAAUCAAAAUGGGCCUUUAAUGUUUUCAAUAUCGCUACUCUCUGAACCAAUUAAUAUUUUUUCACAAAUGAUAGAUGAUGCUGCUAGUUUAAAUCAUCUGCCAACUUUUACUAUCUCUGAACACUCAAAUGCAUUAGACAAAUUACGAUAUGAUAUUGUUGAAUGGAUUCGUGAAAAUAAUGGUGGAUGGAGCAGAGACACUGCGAUGACAACUGGAAAAGAAUUUGUUAAAGACUUAGCUGCUGCAUUAUGGUACAUAGAUAAAUGUGAUUCAGAAAA